AUGUGGUUCAAAACUAAGAUUUCCGCCCUCACGUUUGUGGAGAAAAGCUUGGAAGCCCGAGUGGGCCGGGAUGUGGAUUUUUGUUGCCAAGAAAAACGGCUCAUCACAGCUGAGUCGCCCAUCACUGCUCAGUUCGGGAGGGACGUCACCCUGAGCUGCCUCUUCCCGUCUCAGCCCAGGAUGAACCUCCAGCACCUGACCAUCACCUGGCAGAAGGAGCAGGUGGGGGCAGAGAUCCUGGUGGUUUAUAGUCACUAUUACGGGAGGGAGCAGCUGGCGAGACAGGACGAGGCUUAUACGAACCGGACCUGGCUGGAUCCAGAGGGGCUGGCUCGGGGGAACGCGUCCCUGAUGCUGAGGGGUGUCCGCACGCAGGAUGAGGGCAUCUAUCGCUGCCACGUCACCUCGGAGCAGGGCACAACUUCGGAGACGAGGCAGGUUACAGUGAUGGCACCCUACAGUGAGCCUCAUCUGACCCUUGACCCCACAUUUCGGCUGGGCCACACCCUCUUGACCUUCAGCUCGGGGGGCGGGUACCCCCGGGCAAGCGUGGAGUGGAGGGACGGGAUGGGAAUCAACCUGACAGAGCUCAGCAGUACCACAGAGUCCGUGGACAUCCGGGGCCUUUACACCCUGUGCAGCGAGCUGGCCGUGCCUGUGGGGCAGAGCACCAACCUCACCGUGCUCCUGGUGACAGCGCCCGGGCGGGAGACCCCCGUGCAGCACAUCACAGUGGCAGCAGGACCCGGACAGAGAUGUAGCCACGUCUGGCUGCUGGUGGCCUGUCUGGGCGCCGUGACCCUGUCUGUGAUACUGGCUGUGUGGAUCCUUGGCCCUCCCGGCCGUGGGACUUGUGGACGCUGCUCAGAGAGUCGCUUCGCCGGGACGAAGGAUGUGGAGCAUCCUUCACCCCAGAGCCAGCCGGGCCCUAGCACCUGCCCAGCCCUGGGUACACCCACCACUGGCCUCAGGGCUGAUCUCCCGGUGGCUCCCUCGCCUUCACGCCAAGGCUCUGUAGCCAGGAGCUAGGGGUCUCUAGAAUCGAUGGCCACACUUUAUAGCAAGGACAGUGCAGUUCUAUGGGCAGCACAGAGCCACUGCACCAGGGCUUGCUCUUGUCCCUGACCCCUGCGAUGGGAGAUCCCCCUGCGAGGCGGUUACUGACCCAUGUCAGUACAAUGGGGCUCAUACACUACAGCCCCCACUGGGGGCAACCUAACCCCGCUCACGCAGGGCAGUUCUUUGUCCCCCUCUAAUCACUGCCCCACAUCAGAGUGAUUAGUGAGACCCCUGCGGGGCUAGGGCCAGAGCCUCAAAGGUAUUUAUAGAACCCCGGACAUGUGGGGCUGGGAGGGCAGCCAGUCCAGCCCCCCGCACUGAGGCGGGACCAAGUAACCCUAGAGCAGCCCUGACAGGGGUUUGUCCAGCCUGGGCUUAGAAACCUCCAGUGGCGGGGAUCCCACAACCUGCCUUAGGCCUGGUCUACACUUCGGGGUUAGGUCGAAUUUAG